AUGGUGUGUACACGAUCACGCGACUAUAAUGGUUCAUCUCAUUCAAAAUACAGUCGUCAUUCCGCUCAUUAUGAAUUAUAUGACGACAGAGAAAGCAAUUCCUUUUCUGAUUACGAUUCUGACACCUCUUCAUCACCUUCACGACCGACGCCGACGCCGAUGGCGAAAACUACAUGGAAACAACAAUUACCUAAAAACAGAAGACGUGGUUGUGCGAGUACCUAUAGUCACGGUUCGCAGGAGGAAAUGAGUAACUAUGAUUAUGAUAGUAAUGACAUUGACAAAGUAUCGCCCUCGAGAUUAGUUGUUCCAUACAAUGAUCAAGAUAAUACACACUUUUAUAAUGGAGAUAUACAAAUACAAGACGAACCAGAAUUAUAUAAUUCCUAUAAACAUUCAGAUGAUUAUUCCUUUCAAUAUCCUUUAAAUCACCGGAUUCAUAGACGGAGCAUAUAUGAUGAUGAUCAUCUAUCAUCACGAGCCUUAAUUAGGCAGCCUCCACCAGUGAACUCGAGGCAUAAAGGCGGACUACUUUUCAUCCGAGUAAUUUACGAUAUUUGGGGUGGAUUCAUGGAAGCCAUAAACAAUUUCUCUGAUAACGUGAUAGAAAUCAUAUCAAGCACGCGACUGAAUGUAAAACUUUUAACACUAUUCGUUUUUAUACUAUUAACAACAUUCAUUUGGUUAAAUGGUGAUAUCGACGCCGAGGACGUCAGCAAUCAUCACCACCUUCAAUACGACAUCUCACAUCCUUCCGGCGCCGAGGCAUACGAAUCAUCAAUAUCCUCCAAAAUAUGGUCUUUGUUGAGUUCCAACAAGGAAUCCACCAUCCAACACAUCCUGGACGUGCAGCGACACAUGUCACCCGAAAUAACUGAGAAAAAAGUUGAAGAGAUGUUACAUAAAUUUGUGCCUUCUAUAGUUAGCAACGUUCUUAGGGAUAAGAUGAUAAAUGUUCAAUUACCUGACACUGAUAAACUUAAUGAAUUCGUGACCAAGGUUGCACACAGAAUAUUUAUGGAAUAUGUAAAAUCGGAUAUACUCAACAUACCAGAUUUUGCGUUGGGUUCAGGUGGUUCGCGGAUCAUACACUCCUACACGAGUCGUAAUUAUGUGGAAAUGCCUGAAUCUAUCGCUGGAAAGUUUUGGGCAAGAAUGACAGGACGAGGAAUGAUAGUAGGAUUAUCACCGUCCGUAGCGGUGACAAGUGACAAUUCUGUGGGCAAGUGUUUCUCGUUCGCUGGAGACAAGGGUCAACUUGCAAUACAGCUCAGCCGAUCAAUAUACAUUACCUCAGUCACCUAUCAACAUAUAGAUCGAGCGUUAGCAUUGGACGAUGAUAAUCUACGGAGUGCACCGGCACGACUUGCAAUCUUGGGAAUACCUGACGAGAAGUACAUGCAAAAUGCGACAAAAGCUAGAGUGACCGAAAUAAAAUCGGAUGAAUCGGAAACGGGCACGAGAGACAGCGAUGGUACAACCACCACUUCCUCUACAAAAAAAUCACAAAAACGUGUGACUCAAGAUGAUUUCAUCAAACUUGGGGAAUUUGUGUAUGACCUGGAAGGACCGCCGGUACAAAAUUUUGUUGUCGAUCAUUCCAAUGGUAGCGAGAAUAUACCCAUCAAAGGAGUCAUAUUUAAGAUAAAUAGUAACUGGGGACAUGGGAAAUACACAUGUUUAUAUCAGUUUAAGGUGCACGGAAAAAACAUCAAUAACGUGAUGCCAGUUUCAUCUCCUCAAAGUUUUCAGAUUACCGGUAAUGGCGGUGGUAAUGUGGCCCUUUGGAGAUGCGAAUUUAAUUGGAAUUUUCAAAGGAAUAAAUCAUUUUCUUUCGUAAGGGGUUUAUAG